AUGGACCCAAGAGCUUCCUUUUCCAUUCUGCUGCUGCUGGUUGGCGUCAUCCAGGCGUCUCCUCUCAUGGAGCAGAGGGUUGAAGAUGUGAUUUUAACAGAGCCAGAAGCUAUGGACAUCACUACAAGGAUUUUGGAGUCCAACAAUGGAUCUUCUGAACUCUUGAUUGAAGGAGACCUGGUGUUUCCCAAAACUAGAAAUGCUCUCUUCUGCUUCAACAAUAACUGUUUCUGGAAGAAAAACGCAAAAAACUUAGUGGAGGUUCCUUACAUAAUGAGCAAUGAAUUCUCCUCUUCUGACAAGUCAGUUAUUCAGAGCGCCAUGGCGACCUUCCACACCAAAACCUGCAUCCGCUUUGUGGCCAGAACAUCUCAGACCGACUACCUCAGUAUUGAGAACAAAGAUGGGUGCUACUCUUCUCUUGGUAGAAUUGGAGGCAAACAGGUUGUCUCUCUCAAAAGAUUAGGUUGUGUGUAUCGUGGCAUCGCUCAGCAUGAGCUCAACCAUGCCCUGGGCUUCUACCACGAGCAAACCAGGAGCGACCGUGACCAGUAUGUCAGGAUCAACUGGGAGAACAUCUCUCCUGACAUGGCCUACAACUUCCAAAAACAGGACACCAACAAUCAAAACACUCCAUACGACUACGGCUCCAUCAUGCACUAUGGAAGUACGGCCUUCGCCACCCAGGCCGGGGUGGAAACCAUUACUCCCAUUCCUGAUGCAAGGGUGCAAAUCGGACAGAGGCAGGAUCUGUCCAACACCGACAUCCUGAGAAUCAACAAGCUGUAUGGAUGCUCAAGCUGA